CAAAGAUAAUAUAGUAACAAAGGAUUAUGUCAAUACCUUUAAAUCUAUGGGCUCCAAGUGCCAUCGAUUUAAGUCUAUGUUAGAAAGUGGGCUAUUAUGCAAAGCAACUCUAGCCCUUGAAAAUCUAUGUGGUAAGGAAGAACAUUCAACCUCUCAAAAUUCUUGCAACACUGAGACAGAAAAGUCACCAAAAGUUCAGGGGAGGAGAUGCCUUUUUUAUCAAAACAUGAUUUGGCAACCUCAUUAUGUUACAAUUCAUUGUUUGCCAAGCCUUUUAAUUCAAGUUUCCCUUGUGCAGCACAGGAUUAUCUCCAUCUCACUCAAAGCACAUGAUUAUUCUCCCUCAUUCCAUCCCAUUUUGCUGCCAGCACACAUCAGGAGGAAGAUGCUUAGGCAGAUGUUGUUUAUGAUCAAGAGUCUGAUGACCUGAGAUGUGUUCUUUUCCAGCUGAUUGUGGAGUUUCUCUUUUCUGUCUGAGUUUACAUCUAUCAAAACAGAACAGCAUUUUUUCCAUCUAAAUAGGGAGUGGAAUAGAAUGUUCUUUUGUUCUGGGACUGCCAAUAGUUUGCAAUCAAUCAAAACGAAACAAACAUUUGGGCUAGCAUCUGCAUGCAUCUAGAUGUAUCUCACCAGCUUACUAAUACAGGACAAAUAUCCUAGUACUUAUUAUAACAUUACUGAUCAUUGUACAGAGAUAGUGGGAGUAAUCAAUCACCUUGAUCUAGAUUAAGAUAGCUCCUGCCCUUGUUUCAAAUGUUUGGAUUUGGCAGAAUGGAAGUGACCUACAUUAGAAGCUAAGAUGCCAAGCUAAAGUUUCUGGCUAUCACAUCUUUUCCAACUUCCAUGACAUUUCCUUGGUUUUUCUAACUUUUUGCAGUUGAGCAGUCCAUGUAAAGACUCACAGCACACCCUUCUUUAUGAAGAGGAAGCCAGGGGUUACCACUCAAGUUCUCAGAAAUAUGUUUAUGCCAGAAGAACAAAUUACUCAUAGUUAUAGUGAGUGAUCUCACUAUAUCACUUUGUAAUACAACUGAUGUCAUGGUUCCUUUGAAAAUAAUUUCAGCUUAGUUUCAGUAAUCAAUUAGUUUCUUAUCAUUUGUGAUUUCUUAUCAUUUCUUGUGCACCAAGAAAUGUAUGCAAAUCUAUGAAAAUGUUUUUGCAAUCAAUUUCAUCUAUGUAGCAUUUUUAUAUGUUAUUUUCAUUAACAUGCUUUUGGGACUGGAAAAGUAUAAACGGAAGUAGAUCUGUGCUUUGGUAAAAGGCAGAAUGCAAAAGUUUGAUUCAGAUGUGAAUUAAUUAGUUUUCCCUAUCUAUGUUCUUUUGAUCACUGUAUUAAUUAAUAAAGGCAGGAUGGGGGGGGAGUCAUGGUCUCUUUCUCAAUUCCCGAAAAAUGCUAUAUUCUCUCACUAUUAUGACCUCCUCUUUCCUGGAUUUCAAAUCCUGUUGUUAGUAUUGCCAUGUGCUGGAAAUAGAAGCAAUUGAAUGACUGAUCCAUGAAUUUAGAUGUCAGUUCUCAUAUGGUUAGAGCUUGUGAAAAUAAGUUACUUUUAGUCUAGAAUAUGGGGAUAUGGGGCCAAGAAAAGAGGAACAAAACAGUCUGCAUUUGAAAUCUGUUAGAAGAAAUCUUUUCAGAAGGCUUUGGAAAUGUAAAAUACUAAAUUUCAGAGGUAUUGAGAUUACCUGGAAUCAAAUAGAAUUCUCUUGGAAUUUUUUUUUAUAUAUAUCUACAUCUGUAAUGCUUUCUCUAAUGAUUUGAUAAGUAAAUGACAAGGCUUCCUAAGUCUCCAUUUGCUGCCUUUUUUUUUUUUCAUUUGGAAAGUGAAGGUAUUAACAGCUGCCUCUGAACUGGGUAGAGGCAAUUCCAAAGAGGUAUCAUCUGUUUCGUGUUUCAAUUCCUAAUCUUAGCAUAAGAAGGAAGUCCCUGCUAAAGUAGCCACUGCUGAAAAGACGGAUUAAACCAUUUGAAGGAUUAGUCCUCUGCGCUGCUGCAUCCAUGAGUCCUUCUACAGCAAUCUCUCUCUUGAUGUUCAUAAUGUGGAGAUGCUGCGCCCGAGAACAACCAGAGCAGCAUCCACCUGCUACUGGAUUUCAGAAGUGCCAAGAAGCCUUGAACCGUCCUAUGUUGGGAGUUCUUCCUGGAGGUGGCUGGGAUAAUCUGAGGAACUUGGAUAUGGGUAGAGUGAUGAGCCUCAAUUACUCUUUGUGCCAAACUACAAAAGAUGGGGCUUACAUCAUCCCCAAUGGCAUCUUCACCAUUGCUCUUAAACAAAGCUUGCUGGAGAUGAACUCUGAGAUCGUUGAGUCUUGGAUGGAUUAUCAAUGUAGCACUGCCGCUUCCAUCAACGCAGGGCUGUCUUUUUCUCAUCUCAAUGGCAGGUUCUCCAGUGACUUCCGCAGGGCGAAAACUCACCAACUGAGAGAUAAGUCUGUAUCCACAAAAGUUCAGAUCAGGAAUCUGAUGUACUCUGUAAAAAUGGACCCUUCCGCAAAGUUAGACGAAGGCUUCCAGCAACAGCUUGUCACCAUUGCUAGCCAGCUGGAGAAAAACAAGACUCAAAUGGCUAACUACUUGGCAGAAGUCUUAGUGUUGAACUAUGGCACUCAUGUUCUCACUGGAGUAGAUGUUGGAGCCAGCCUUGUUCAGGAGGACUAUAUCAAAGCUUCCUUUGUGAAAGAUGGUCAGUCCAGGAGAAGUGCUAUCACUGCUGCAGCUGGUAUCUCUUUCCAAAACAUCAUCAACUUUAAUAUGGGUGUUUCAGUGGGCACAGAAGACAGUUUCACCAAGCAAUACCAAGGCAACCGUACCAGUUCUAGAGUGGAGAGCUUUGGGGGUCCACCUUUUUAUCCUGGGAUUACCCUGAAAACCUGGCAAGAAAGUAUCACCAAUCAGCUAGUGGCUCUUGACCGUUCAGGCUUGCCUUUGCCAUUCUUCAUCACCCCAAAUAAUUUGCCAGGACUGCCCAGCCCCAUUCUGAAAAAAUUGUCCCAGACUGUAGAAUCUGCCAUUGACCGCUAUUAUACAUUCAACACUUAUCCCGGCUGCAUCAAUCCAACCUCACCCAACUUCAACUUCUAUGCCAAUGUGGAUGAUGGCACUUGUGAAGGGAUGGCAACUAAUUUUACCUUUGGGGGUGUCUACCAAGUCUGUGCUCGAUUAGAAGGCCCUGAUGCUGACGUGCUCUGCCAAGCCCUCGAGCAGAAGAACCCGCUCACUGGAGACUUCUCCUGCCCUGUGGGUUAUACCUCCGUCAAACUGCGAUCUCAACAACGUGAGGAAGGAUUCAGCCACUUGGAUUGCCAUCAAGAUUGCUUUCUUUGGAAACUCUUCUGCAAUUGGAUUUGCAAUGACAUUUUCACACUCUCCAAAGUGCAGUUUAGCUCCCACUGGUGUGCAGCAAGAGGCCCCGUCCUUGAAACCUCCACAUUUCUCUUUGGAGGACUCUUCAGUUCCAAAAAUACUAAUCCUGUCACUAAUGCUCAGUCCUGUCCCUCCAGGUACUACCCACUGAAGCUUUUUGACCAGCUCAAAGUAUGUGUGAGUAUCGAUGAGAGGGGAAAGCGACAUUCAGUGCCCUUUGGGGGGUUCUUUAGUUGCCAAAUUGGAAACCCACUGUCCGGAUUGCCUAAUGGAACAGAAAAUGACUCAUAUCUCAAAAGGUGUCCAGCAGGGUUCAGCCAGCAUCUGGCUCUGAUCAGUGAUGGCUGCCAAGUGGAAUACUGUGUCCAAGCUGGCCGCUUUACAGAUAAGUCUUUACCUCAAGCCCGGCUGCCCCCCUUCACUCGCAGGCCAGCCAUCAGCUUCCUUGCUACUGACAUCAUCCUCAUUACAAGCAGCAAUGGGGAUCAGACCUGGGUCAAGGAUCCUCAGACUCAGCAAUGGAAGUCGGCCAACUCGGAUGAUGUGCUCCACUACCUGAAGAGAGGUGGGAGUACUGGUGGGAGUUUGUCAAAUGGAGAAGCAGCAGGGAUCACUAUUGGAGGAAUUGCUGGCUUGGUCAUUUUGAUCGGACUAGUUGUCCAUGUGUGUAAGAGAUACAAGAAAAGGGAGUUUAGCAAGACAGAGGGAGAGAAGACAUGUCUGAUGUCAAAUAAUCCUGUCUAUGGCCUCCUAACUAAAAUGAAGGAUACACUCCAGCCAGAGCAGGAAAAGCAACCAAUUUAGUGGCUUAUUAACUUCAUGUCUUUUUAUCUAUAAAUCCCAAAAUUCUGGUAUGGCCAUUAGUUGUGCUGACCGGGUUCUAACAAGCUUUGCUAUGGGCUUUUACUCAUCUCUUAUUACAAGCAAUUUAUAACCCUAAGCAAGUUACCAAGUUCCUUUUUCUGCUGUCUUUCACUCUACUCUGGAGUUAGAGACAAAUCGGGGACAAAAAGUCUCUUUGCUUUCUAUUUGAUUAGAAAUAUUGACAGCUGCCCUAUCCUGGGCCAAGUCACUGGUCCACCUGGAUUGCCGCUGUUGACAUCAAGUGGCAGCAGCAGUUCUGGUAUUUCAGAGAUUGGCCCAAGAGCACCCGGCACCCAAAUUAAUUCUAUGCAUGCAUGUCCUUUUGUUGCGUGUAGUCAGCUUGCAAGUUAAGGUUAAGAAAAUGGGGGGAUUAAGGGGAUUGCUAUGGGCAUACAGAAGAAAAUAGUUAUUGUCAUUGAAUUAUAUUAAAAAAAACUGGAGAGAUAUUGUAAUAUCACCACGGGCAAUGCAAUUCACACUGAAUGUUUGAAAAAUGUAUUUGGUUGAGGCUAUUUUGAUAACCCUUGAGAACGUGUGCAAAAUUUCAGAUUGGCAACAUGGUGAUGCUAUAGAUCAGGGGCCCUCAACCUUGGCAACUUUAAGCCUUGUGGAUUUUAACUUCCAGAAUUCUUUGCUGGCUGAGGAAUUCUGGAAGUUGAAGUCCACAAGCCUUAAAAUCGCCCAGGUUGAGGGGCCCUGCUAUAGAUAAGACUUGUAAAUAACCAUUUAUCUCAUAUUUUUGUUCUGUGCCUUUUGUAUCUUAUACAUGCCCAAAUCAGUAGUAUGUGAAUAAAUCAGAAAUGCUCCUGCUAGAAUGGUAUGUGGAUUGAUCUUUUUUCUUCCAACAGCUCAUUAAAAAGCACAUAAGUUGCAAUGGUGUGCUCAGAAAUGUGGAGGGGCAAGCACUGCCUGAAUAGACUUACAAAUUUGCUACCUCCAAUCAUCUGCUCUUUUGGGUCUAUCUCCUGAGGGACAAUCUUCAACCUGGAUGCCCUCUGGAUAGGCAGAGUUCAACUCCCAGAAUGUUCCAGCUUGCUUUGUCAUUGCUGAGAACUUUGGGAGUUGAAGCCCAUUAUUUGAAGAGCCUCACAAUUUAGAAAAACUGCUGUAGAACAUGGCCUAUUUUCAGCCUCCAGGUUUGACAAGGCCUAUCAUCUCACUAUAGCUGAUUGCAGAAACGGUGUGGGAAACCUUCCAUUUUAAAUCAAGAGGAUUAUCCCUUCUUGUUCAAAAGAGCACAGGGAAGCUACUGUUUAGCCUGUAUUUAAAGUCCUAAAUAGCAAUAG